AAUAUGCUAGUAUUGCUCGCGCAAUGCGCCGGGAUAUCUCACAAUGCUGUUUCCACUAUACGGUGGAUAGUAGUGUUGAUAGCGACCUGCAGUAACUUAAUGGGGACUGAAAUAUCAAAAUAUUCUCAAACAUUGUUUCUGCCCCUUCCUGCAGGAAAUUGGCCAACUAGUGCAAAAUUGUCUCUCUUGAAAUAGUAUCCAUUCGAUUGUGAGUUUUCGUUUAAGGGGAUCUACCCGUAUUGCCGUUUGAUUUCACAGAUUUGCAUCGAUGUACGUUGCAACCAGAGAUCUGGAUUCUCCUCGGUGGAUACUUUCCAGGGAACAUGUGGGCUUGGAUCACCCAGCAGCGAGCAGUAAUUCACUGCCCAGACGGCAGCUGCAUUAUUUCAGCGCUAUGAUAUCUAGUGUCGUAGCAGAUGCAGGAGUAGGAGCGGCAUCGGUUCAACUGCGCUCCCAUACGCAAGGAGUAUCCUAUAUUGAGAGGAACUAGCCUGGCAAAACGCGAAGCUGAUUAAACAGCAUAGAAAAUAUGAAUUAAUACCAUUUACAGUGUCAUUACGACGUCGUAUCUUGUCCCCCCUCUUCAGAAAGGUUGCAGCCUUUUUUAAUUUCGUGAGGAUUAACAUCAACAGGAGUAUAUUUCCCACGUUUUUCCAUCACUCGGUUAAAGGCGAGAAAUCUGCCCGUUCCUUUGGAAGAUCCUCGACUUGUAACCGAUAGCUCAUACACGGAACAUUUUCUCAAUUUUGACUUGCAAAACUCUCUUGAGAGCUAUCGUUCUGAGUUCUGGAUUAGGAAUAGGUGUCUCAUAUUUUCUCAAGUGAAGACGUUCUCCAGAUUUCAUUGGGAUGCCGUUUUUGGAAAGCUACCAGAAUAUACCUUUAACGGGACACCUGUGACUAUUUGUUAGUUUUAAUUAAAAUGACAUAUUAACAUCUUAAAAUAUAGCUUACAGGGCGGUUCUUUUGAUCAUUUGAAAACAAAACACAAUGUGUCAGCGUUGAUCUGAAAAGUAACCCUGUCUCUAAAACUAUGUAGCAGGUGGUCACAUCGGACUGGAUAGCAACCUAUCAGAAAAGUAAUCGAAAGACUGGGGAAAUUUUUUUUGCGCCACCAGUCUGCUUUUCCUUCGCCAACGUACAGUUCUAUAGGAAUUCGUUCCUUUCCAGGAUGAAGAGAUGUCUCAAUUGUACAGUCUCAUUUAAGCUGACACAAUAAUGUGUGCGGUGGCUUUGGGUACAUAUUUAGGAGUUUAAAAUCUACGAAUUGACGUGUUGAAUUCCUGCACCGAAUUCCCUAUUCUUAAUUUCCGGGAGGUGUCCGACGGUAAAGCAGUCAUUUUUAUUGCCUCGCUGUCUCGGCGUUAAAGUAUAACGUAGAGCGGCUUCACAUAGUAAUUCUUAUUGAAAACCGUAAACAACUAAUUUGCGGCUCCGUACUCGAGUGGCAUUGAAGAGCCACAGUCAAAUGGCACCUGGCUUUAGAACCUUUUCAGCACCACUUUCAAUGGACAGCGUUUCUUUCGGAACAAACCAGGACUAGGGUUAUAGCUAAUUCAUGCCUGGAUUCCUUGUGGAUUUUUGAAACACUGGAUUUGGUUUUGGACAGGAACCGAAGAACGGGGUUCGGCUUGACUUAAUUCAGGAACAUCAGGAACGCGGAUCUGUGUUUGGAUUCUGACAAUGAAUUGCAUGUGUGGGUUAAACGUCAAACCGCAUUGAGAAGUCGCUGGAGAACGCACACUGAAAGAACAGGGGUUCGUCCCCGUUGAAACGCUGAAAUGUUGAAUUAAGUAGUACUUGGACUGAUAACAUGAUUAUUUCACCAUUGAACAGUUUUUCGCCAAUGUAGACUUCUGCAAUAUACUUCUGUUUUGAAUUUCCCGGAGGUUGCUUUCAAAGGAAUCGACUCAUCUGUCUUUGAACGAAAUGCCUUCGCACCUGAAAAGCCAGGCGGACUGACGCGGAGCACCGCCUACCUUUCAGGAGAGAAAAGAUUAAAUACCCCCGACAGGACCCGGAGAAAGAGUGGAGAGAAGCACACUGUCUGUCCUUUGUUCUUCCUAAUGUCUCGGGAGAGGGAUCUCCAUGGGCUGGCUGGCACUUCCUGCCAGACUGUUUAAAAAUACCCAUGAUUCCUGCUGACAAACAGGAGUGAAACGUUUCCAAGCAGAAAAAAAUUGAACCGAAGAAAGAUCAGUGACGAGAGUACAGUUUUGAAGCGUCCUUGCUCCAAAGGAUAUUAAAGUUGGACUUUUUUGUGUUUUGCCUUUUUUCAUUAUAAAUACAAUUCAAAAGGGAUUCUUCUCGGACGUGGGUUUGGCGUCUCACCAUGGCUCUGCCCACAGCCUGCUUGAGGGAUUUGAUUGGCUGUCGGAGAGUCGUCCGGGGCUCCGCACCGCUCCUGCUCCUACUGUGCUGCGCCCUGGCUGCACUGGCGGCCAAGCCCCGCCCGCCGGGCCACACCCACCUGAACUCCAUCCGGAUAGACGGGGACAUCUCCCUGGGGGGCCUGUUCCCCGUGCACGCGCGCGGGAACGACGGCAAGGCCUGCGGCGAGCUGAAGAAGGAGAAGGGCAUCCACCGGCUGGAGGCCAUGCUGUUCGCCCUGGACCGCAUCAACAACGACCACGACCUGCUGCCCAACAUCACGCUGGGCGCCCGCAUCCUGGACACCUGCUCGCGGGACACCCACGCCCUGGAGCAGUCGCUCACCUUCGUCCAGGCGCUCAUCGAGAAGGACGGCACCGACGUCAAGUGCCUGAGCGGCGGGCCUCCCAUCAUCACCAAGCCCGAGAGGGUGGUGGGCGUGAUCGGGGCCUCCGCCAGCUCCGUCUCCAUCAUGGUGGCCAACAUCCUCCGCCUCUUCAAGAUCCCCCAGGUGAGCUACGCCUCCACGGCGCCCGAGCUGAGCGAUAACACCCGCUACGACUUCUUCUCCCGCGUGGUCCCGCCCGACACCUACCAGGCCCAGGCCAUGGUGGACAUCGUCAAGGCCAUGCGCUGGAACUACGUCUCCACGGUGGCGUCCGAGGGGAACUACGGGGAGAGCGGCGUGGACGCCUUCAUCCAGAAGUCCCGCGAGGACGGAGGUGUGUGUAUCGCCCAGUCUGUGAAGAUUCCCCGUGAGCCGAAGUCUGGAGAGUUCGACAAGAUCAUCCGCCGUCUCCGGGAGAACCAUAAUGCCCGCGUCGUCAUCCUGUUCGCCAACGAGGAUGACAUCAGGCGACUUCUGCAGGCAGCCAAAAAGGCCAACCAGACAGGCCACUUCCUGUGGGUGGGGUCUGACAGCUGGGGGUCCAAAAUCUCCCCAGUGCUGCAUCAAGAGGAGAUGGCAGAAGGGGCGGUCACCAUCCUGCCCAAACGCAUGUCUGUCAGAGGUUUCGAUCGCUACUUCAUCAGCCGCACCCUGGACAACAACAGGAGGAACAUCUGGUUUGCGGAGUUCUGGGAGGAUAACUUCCACUGCAAGCUGAGCCGGCACGCCCUGAAGAAAGGCUCCGGGAUCAAAAAGUGCACAAAUCACGAGCGGAUCGGGAAGGACUCGUCCUACGAGCAGGAGGGGAAGGUGCAGUUCGUCAUCGACGCGGUCUACGCCAUGGCCCACGCGCUGCACAACAUGCACAAGGAGCUGUGCCCGGGCACGGUGGGCCUCUGCUCCAAGAUGGACCCCAUCAACGGCACCAUGCUGCUCAAGUUCAUCCGCAACGUCAACUUCACAGGCAUUGCUGGAAACCCAGUGCUUUUCAAUGUGAAUGGAGAUGCGCCUGGCCGCUACGAGAUCUUUCAGUACCAGAUCAAGAACAAUACUGCCGAGUACAAGGCCAUCGGAAAUUGGACCGACCAGCUCCAUUUAAAUAUUAAGGCAAUGCAGUGGCCGGGAGGUGCCCGCCAGGUGCCCGUCUCCAUCUGCAGCCAGCCGUGCCCGCCGGGCCACCGCAAGAAGACGGUGAAGGGGAUCCCCUGCUGCUGGCACUGCGAGCGCUGCGACGGGUACCAGUACCAGGCCGACACCUACACCUGCAAGAUGUGCCGCUUCGACCUGCGGCCCAACGAGAACCACACGGGCUGCCGGCCCAUCCCCAUCGUCAAGCUGGAGUGGAGCUCGCCCUGGGCCGUCAUCCCCGUCCUCAUCGCGGUCCUGGGCAUCCUGGCCACCCUCUGCGUGGUGGUCACCUUCAUCCGCUACAACGACACGCCCAUCGUCAAGGCCUCGGGCCGCGAGCUGAGCUACGUGCUCCUGACCGGCAUCUUCCUGUGCUAUGCCACCACCUUCCUGAUGAUCUCCGCGCCCGACGUGGGCAUCUGCUCCCUCCGCCGGAUCUUCCUGGGCCUGGGCAUGAGCAUCAGCUACGCCGCCCUGCUCACCAAGACCAACCGCAUCUACCGCAUCUUCGAGCAGGGCAAGAUGUCCGUCUCCGCCCCGCGCUUCAUCAGCCCCGCCUCCCAGCUGGUCAUCACCUUCAGCCUCAUCUCCGUGCAGCUGCUGGGGGUCUGCAUCUGGUUCGGCGUGGACCCCUCCCAGGCCAUCAUCGACUACGAGGACCAGCGCACGGCCAACCCCGAUUUCGCCCGGGGCGUGCUCAAGUGCGACAUCUCGGACCUGUCGCUGAUCUGCCUGCUGGGCUACAGCAUGCUGCUGAUGGUCACCUGCACCGUCUACGCCAUUAAGACACGCGGCGUCCCCGAGACCUUCAACGAGGCCAAGCCCAUCGGCUUCACCAUGUACACCACCUGCAUCGUCUGGCUGGCCUUCAUCCCCAUCUUCUUCGGGACCUCACAGUCCACGGAAAAGAUGUACAUUCAGACGACCACGCUGACCAUCUCGGUGAGCCUCAGCGCCUCUGUGUCGCUGGGCAUGCUCUACAUGCCCAAGGUGUACGUGGUGCUCUUCCACCCGGAGCAGAACGUGCCCAAGCGCAAGCGCAGCCUGAAGGCUGUGGUCACAGCCGCCACCAUGUCCAACAAGUUCCCCAAAGGAGGCCUGCGGCCCAACGGAGAGGCCAAGUCCGAGCUGUGCGAGAGCCUGGAAACACAAGACUGCGGAGAGGGCGGGGAACACGGUGAGGGACUGUAGAGGCUCCCUCCCACAGUUACCAAGCAAACCUACAUCAGCUACAGCAACCAUGCAAUCUAGGACAAGAUGUAGCCCUCCAGUGCGUGGAUCUGACCUUUCACCAGACACAUAUAAAUCACACAGACAGAAAGCAGCGGGAAAACACAUAAAAACAGGUGGCCAAUUUAAAACACUUUUACAAACAGGAUCUUUGAGGACCAGGUUUGGCAAACGAAUGCCAAAACAAACAAAAAAGCAAAACAAAAUACAGCUGCAGGGAAAGUUCACUGGGGGCCAUGUCAGAUGUGACGGCGUUGUCCCGGAGACCGUCAGAGACAACAAGCAGCCACGUUUCCAUGGUAACAGCAGAGAGGAUGGAUUCAGGACCCAGGUUUUCCUUCUGGAGUUUAUAUCACGGCUUGCUUUCACUCUCAAGAUGUCUGUUCUGCAGUUGACAAGCUUCUCUGUAAGAGCGACAUGUGAAAUGUUUUUUUUUUUUGUAAAAAAAAAAGAGGCUGUUCUCUUCAUGUGCCGUGUCGUAUUCUUGCCAGUCGUGUGAAGCGUUAACUAGAGUUCCUCUCCAUCGUGUGAGGUUGUGAUAAAGGGCUGAAGAAGAACAGCAAAUCAAGCCCAUAUGAGCCACAGUUCUCGCCAGUUCAUCUCUUUUGUUUGUUGUCCUCAGUUAUAAAAUGGAGCCUUGCUGGAAUUUUAAGACGGAUACCUACUCUGACCAAAAAACAAAACAAAGUUGAUCAGUGUGUUGGUCAAUACAUACACGGUACAAAGAAGCCAUUCAGACUGUGUUGCAUUUUUUUCUUUUCUAUCGGUUUUUGUGAAGAAGGUGAUGUUUAAGUUGUAUAUGCAAAAAUAUAAAACAUCUGCUCAGAAAAGUGUAUGACUGCCUGUGGGAAGUCAUUAGCAUACAUGCCAACAGGCAGAUAAACCACCCUAAUGAAAAUUAGUACAAAUGUUCCUCCAACUUCUGUUUUCCCCAUGAGGGGAUAAAGAUGACUAUACCAUGUGACACUGUCUGAGUGGUCUUUUUGUUCAGAUAUCAAGCAUGCUUGUAGGAACAUACUGUGUGUACUGUGUUGUCAAAGUUGGAAUGCAACUUGUGAGGACUGUGGUAAAAAUAUGUUACAGUGGUGUCACCAUUUGGGUCUGUGCUGCGUCUGGGAAACCCAAACCUAUUGAGGUCCAGUGAUUACUGGUUUAUUUUAUCUUUUUUUUUUGGUGUGUGUGAUUAAAUAUUAAUUUUUUUGUGCUUGAUUAAAUAUUAAAUCAGUUUUGAACCAGAAACAGAAACUAAGACCAAACGGAAGGACUGCACUGCACUCCUUCUGGAAACUUCCCGGUUUUCUACUUCUAUAAUCCAGAAUUCCACUACCUAUUCCAAAUAUUAUAUUACCAGCUUAUAUACCACACUCCAUGGCUGGUUCACCAUGUUUCUACUGCGCACUGCCCCUGGCAUGGGCAGGCUUAUUUAGAAGGAAGUGAAGUAUGGGUGUAGCAUUGUUUUAUUUUUCAGUAUUAUUACCUUUAUUUGCAUUGGCAGAUGUGUGUCUGUAUUCAGGAAUGGGGACACCAUUACAAAAUAAUGAAAUAAUAAAAAAGGAGGAUACAACUUGGAAGGUUUCAAGAACCAGUCCUGUCCUGCAUGCAACUGUGAAAGACCCACAGUCGUGGCUGUAUAUCUGCGCUUUCUAUGGCUAGUCUUUCUGUUGUUUUAGCUCUGUGUGAUGAGAUGAUAAUCUCUUGGGCUAGCCCUGGGCCUCCACACAUAUUGGAGGAGCUCACCAGCUUUGUACAGUUAAUGACAAGUUAGUAGCUGACCUCUUCAUGAUAAGUCUACCAGUGGUUUAGAUCUCAAGGAGAACCAACCAGUCAGCCAUGUGUCACUCAUAAACUGUCCUGACGAAGUGCUGAUCUUUAAGGUUGGCUUUGCAAAAAAAAAAAAAAAAAAAAGGAGAAAAGAAUGAAAGAAAAUGCAUUU